AUGGAGACCACUACCCUGAACAUUGCUCAUUUCAACGACGUCUACCAGGUCUCCGAGCACAAAGUGAACGGAGAACGCAUUGACGUCUCCAAGUUCGCUACUCUUUUGGAGGGCGUCACCUCUAAAUGGAGCGAUAGAGGAGAUGGUCGAAAGGAUGGCUUGACCGUCUUCUCUGGAGACUUGUUCUCCCCUUCCAUCGAGAGCUCUAUUACGAGGGGAAAGCACAUGCUUCCAAUCAUCAAUGAGCUGAAUGUCGACAUCGCUGUGGCCGGUAACCAUGAGUUCGAUUUCGGGUAUCCGGAACUGCAAGAGUUACUCGCCGAGUCUGCUUUCCCAUGGCUUCUCAGCAACAUUGUCGAUACCACAACUGGGAAGACCCCUGAACCGCUCCAAGAAUUCCAUGUCCUCGAGCGGUCGGGUGUUCGCAUUGGCCUUAUUGGUCUAGUUGAGCAGGAUUGGAUUCCCACUAUUGUUGGCUGGCCGGAGCACUUCCAAUACCAGGAUAUGGUGCAGGUGGCGAAUGCCUUGUCAGCCAAACUCCGUGAUCCCGCCGGGGAACACCAAUGCGAUAUCAUCUUCGCACUCACCCAUUCUCGUAUCUCCAAUGACAUCGCGUUUGCGAAAAACGUUCUCGCUCUGUCCCCAGCAGCCCAGGCCUCCAAGAACAUUGCCUCGGAGCAUGGGGUCGACAUUCUUCUAGGUGGCCAUGACCACAUUUACUGGAUCUCCAAGGGCGUUACCGAGUGGGAAGGAUACGACCUAAACACUCCGGUCGAGGACGCCAAAGACGACCAAGGCGACGUUCUGGUAGUCAAGAGUGGCACUGAUUUCCAAGACUUGAGCGAAAUCACCUUGAUGCUCAAGGACACCCCCUCGGGAAGUGUCAGGAGGAAAGUGAUCACGGAGAUUCGGGGCAAGCGACUUUCUACAAAGGGAACAACCCCUGUACAUGCGGCGAUCAAAGCCAUCUACGAUGACGAGGUAAAAUAUAUCGAGGAGAGUCUCAAGGAACCGAUUGGUACUAUCGAAGAAGAACUUGACACGAGGAUGUCUCUCAUCCGCACGCAGGAGUCGCCCGUUGCGAAUUGGGUGUCUGAUUGCAUUCGCGAGGCCUACGACGAGGCACUCAUCAACAAGGGGUACACAGGAGCAGAUGCUACCUUCAUCAAUGCCGGCGGUAUGGGGAUCGUGUCUAUGCUCCAGACAAUGUUCCCAUACAACGACUCGAUCGUGGUCAUCCAGGUCGACGGGAAAACUCUUUGGGACGCUGCCGAAUCCGGCCUCUCCAGUUGGCCGGAAUGGGAAGGUCGUUUCCCAGCGAUCUCGGGAUUCCGUAUCGAAUGGGAUAGCAGGAAGGAGCCUGGAAAUAGGGUCCUUGGAGUCUGGAUGGUGGAGGACCCUGACGAAAUCGGACCAAACGGUAUACCGUUUGUGGUGGACAAGGAGCCCGUCUCGCGAACCUCAGACAAGAAGUAUCUCAUCGUGACGGGAGAGUACCUCGCUAAUGGUGGCGACGGGUAUACCAUGUUCAAGGGCCAACCCGUCAUCAUAACCGCCGAGAAUGGCCAACCCGCCAAUCAGUUGGUCAAGAAGUACAUCGGAGGUUCUCAGUUCCUGAAGCGUGAUGAACAGGCUGCCGAAAGCACACAGGUCGAAGGGGGCCGGCGAGUUCACAAGGCCCGACGGAAUGUCGACUCGACCCACGCCAGAAAGCUCGCUCCCGCCGCCUAUUCCGCGGUUGUCCACAAUCGUCUUGGUCUACUCGACCCCUACCAGCGAAGCAGAGCUCGAGGACAUGCUUCCUGCUGCGACAAGGGACCAGAUUGUCCAAAGUGCAGGCAAUACGGUUUGGUGGACAGGAAGGCUGGCGCCCGGUCACUCCUGUCCAAGGAAUCCAGGAUCGCCGCGGUCAGUGCGGCGGACGAGGAGGCACAGCAAAGCUUACCUGUCAUCCGGCCGUUCAUCGACGGAAGAGUGAAGGACGUUUCCAAGGCGUAA